UCACACCAUGGCUAUGAAAUAUUUUCUUUGCAUUGUCACACUCUUUACGCUAAUGUACAUCCAGCAGAUUUCCGCCCGGCCUGCGACAUUCGCCGACGAUUUCAAGGCGGCAUGGUCGGACUCUCACAUCCGUCAAAUCAACGGCGGAAAAGCUAUCCAACUUGUCCUUGACCAGAGCACAGGAUGUGGAUUCGCUUCCAAAAGGAAGUAUCUAUUCGGAAGAGUGAGCAUGAAGAUCAAACUCAUUCCCGGCGACUCUGCCGGUACGGUCACUGCCUUCUACAUGAACUCGGAUACCGACACGGUGAGAGACGAGCUAGACUUCGAGUUCUUGGGAAACCGAAGUGGCCAACCUUACUCGGUGCAAACAAACAUAUUUGCUCAUGGCAAAGGAGAUAGAGAACAAAGGGUUAAUCUUUGGUUCGAUCCGGCUUUAGAUUUCCACACUUACACUAUCCUAUGGACACACAAACACAUUGUUUUUUACGUAGACGAUGUGCCAAUAAGAGAAUACAAAAACAAUGAAGCCAAGAACAUAGCCUACCCAACAUCACAGCCUAUGGGAGUUUACUCAACAUUAUGGGAAGCCGAUGAUUGGGCGACACGUGGUGGAUUAGAGAAAAUUGACUGGAGCAAAGCUCCGUUUUAUGCUUAUUACAAAGAUUUCGACAUAGAAGGUUGUCCUGUUCCUGGACCCACCUAUUGUCCAUCGAACCCUCGCAAUUGGUGGGAAGGUUACGCUUACCAUUCACUUAACGCCGUGGAAGCUAGACGUUACCGUUGGGUUAGAGUAAAUCAUAUGGUCUAUGAUUAUUGUACCGACCGGUCUAGGUAUCCGGUCCCACCACUCGAGUGUCGUUCU